CACACACAUAUGUAUAGCAUUAGAAAAGAAUAUGAAUGCACUAUAUAAAAUGUACAUAAAUCAACACACAAUUUCAAAAGGGGUGGGAGAGAUGGGUCUGGUUUGGCCCCUUGUUUUAUUUCUUCUGCUCACAACGUCUUCAAUUGCAGAACAUCAAGAAGAUGAGCAGGGACUCAACCAUAUGCACCUGAACUUACAUCAUGUGCUAGGACCUGGUUCACCUCUCGCCUCCCAAUCUCCGUCAUCCGUCUCCGACGUACUCCUUCGCGACGGAUCCCGAGUCAAGCAUCUAAAUUACAGACUCAGGAACAAAAACAGUGCCACCACUAACUCUACUUCACACGAAUCAGAACACCCAGUAGGACCAAAGUUAAUCAGCACACCUUUGAACCCUGGUUUUUCGAUUGGCGUGGGCAAUUACUAUGUGAAAAUCGGCCUUGGGACUCCGCCCAAUUUCUAUCCAAUGGUUGUGGACACAGGCAGCUCCUUUUCCUGGCUCCAGUGCCGGCCCUGCGCCGUGUACUGCCACAAACAGGUCAGUCCGCUCUUCAAUCCAGCUGCAUCGAACACUUACAAGUCUAUGUCAUGCUCGACGCCGCAGUGCAGCUCACUCCGGGAGGCCACACUCAACGACCCCCUUUGCACUUCCAAGAAAGUGUGUGUCUACACGGCCAGUUAUGGUGACUCCUCCUACUCCACCGGAUACUUGAGUCAGGAUUCACUGAAGUUGAGUCAGUCCGAGACCCUGCCGGGUUUCGUGUACGGGUGUGGCCAGGAUAAUGAAGGAUUGUUCGGUCAGUCUGCAGGACUGAUCGGCCUGGCACGUCACAAGUUGUCCAUGCUCGCACAACUGUCGGCCAAGUAUGGGUAUGCCUUCUCGUACUGUCUGCCAACAGGCCGUGGCAGUGGUGGGUCAUUGUCAAUAGGAAAAGCCUCAGUGGUUACUAAAUCGGCCUAUAAGUUCACGCCCAUGAUAACCGAUAUCCGUGACCCAAGCUUGUACUUUUUGAGGCUCGUGGCCAUAGAAGUGGCGGGCAGAGCAGUGGGAGUGGCAUCGGCCUCGUACCGAGUCCCGACAAUUAUAGAUUCGGGGACCGUGAUCACGCGGCUGCCUAUGUCGGUAUAUAAAGCGUUUACAAACGAGUUCACAAAGGUCAUGUCACCGAAGCACAAGACUGCCCCGGCAUUUUCCAUAUUGGACGCGUGUUUUAAAGGGAGUGUGAAGGGGAUGUUGGCUGUGCCCAAGGUUCGGAUGGUGUUUCAAGGCGGUGCUGAUCUCGUCCUUUCGCCUCAGAACCUCCUGAUUGAUGUGGAUAAAGGGAAUACGUGCUUGGCCUUCGCGGGCAGCAAUGAUUUCGCGAUUAUCGGAAACCAUCAACAGCAGACAUUUAGUGUUGCUUAUGACAUCUCCAGUUCAAGAAUUGGGUUUGCCUCCGGAGGCUGCAAUUGAUUAGUAGUAGCGAUAUUUAUUUCAUGUAUAUGUGUGUGGUACCCCCAUCUAAUAAAUUCCAGUGAAGCAUAAAGUAAUAGGGCACUGGGCUAGAUUAAAUGAUGCCCUGUUUGCUUAGUUGUGCAUUUGAAAGGAUGAUUUUAUUGUUGAGGUAAAUAUUGAUGUCACAGAGCCAAACUAGCUACUAGCUAAAAUCUGCCCUGUAUUAUUGUAUCAGUUGGGCAGCUGACUUUGGUCUUGUGUCAGGUACCUGUUGGAGCUUGCAUAGCCUAGCAGCUAGGGUUGUCAAGGCCCAUGGCACAUUCUGGUUGGUUCAGCAAUUGUAAUUGUAUACUAUAAAGCCUUGUGGCCUGCCCUUGUUGGUUUGAUCAACGCGUUUGAUAAAUAAAUAAUGCUAUCAAAAGAAUCCUUUCAUGACAAAA